AUGGAUGUACCCACGCUGGUCGACUGUCAGCGUGAGAUUCAAAUCCGCAUCUCACGUUCCGUGGAGUACUUGAAGAAGCUGGGCAGUUCCAAUAUCACUACCAGUGCUAUCGCCACACGCACCAGAAUUUUGGAUCAGCUGUGGACGAAGUUCGAAGCGCAGCAUGAUCUUAUCCGAGCAUCCUUAAAAGAAAAGUUCAGCGAGAGCGAUUAUUUUAAGUCAGAACUGCACGCUGAUACGGAGAAUCUGUACGUUAAUCAAAGAAGCAUACUUGACGGCUACGCUGAACACUUUCGUGCAUCGAGCGUACCUCCUUCUGCCGACGUCGCGCCAAGGUCGUCACUGCCGCGCAUCAAAGUACCGCCAUUCUCUGGUGCCUACGCAGAUUGGCCGUCGUUCAGGGAUCUCUUCCUCUCCGUCGUGAGUGGCAAUGCGAUCUCCAACAUCGAACGCUUUCAUCACCUCCGCUCAUGCUUGACAGGGCCGGCUGAAAAAUUAAUCAAGUCGUUACCUGUCACCAAGGAGUUGAGACGCAUUCACAACGCCGUUACUGCCGCCGUCAAUGGUCAGGAGAGCAUUGGACGUCCAAUUAACACCCACGGAAUGGACCUCUUCAACUUCUUAGUCACCGAAUUGUUUGACGCACGCACGCGGCUGGAAUGGGAGUCGUCCACGUCAGAUUCAUCAGAGCCGGCACAAAACGAGGCACUCGUGGAUUUUAUCAGCCGACGGAUCCUGACGCUCAAUGCCGCACGACCGAAGAGCAUCAGCAAACCGCCCGGAGAGACUUCACGGAUUGCCAAAACUCACUUCACUAAACAGCAAGGAGCUGAGCCGCCGCACUGUACACUGUGUCGUGAAAGGCACACCUUGAUGACCUGCCGAGACUUCAAGGCCAAGACCGUCAACGAGCGUAAAGCAUUUGUAGAGACGAACAAGCUCUGCUACAACUGCUUAGGAAACCACCUCGUAUCUCGCUGUCAGUCAAAGAAGAAUUGCCUUACGUGCGACGCACGACACCACACUACGUUGCACGAAGCGACCACGUCUUCACCGGCAGCCGAGGUCACCACACGCGCCACUACACUGACCACGACUCUUCAAGAUCGAGAUCAUAAGGCUGUUCUUCUUGCUACAGCUCGACUUAACAUCGCCGAUCGGUAUGGCUCACCACACGUCGUACGCGCCUUGAUCGACCAAUGCUCUGAGGUGUCGAUCAUUUCUGAGGCCUUGGCGCAACGUCUCCGCCUGCCUCGAGUCUCGACGGAUCUCUCGAUCUUCGGCAUCGGAGGGACCCGCUCAGGAUCAGCUCGUGGCAAGGUCACGCUGCACGUCACGUCAGACGUGACCAACGCCGAGCUCCGCGUGGUGGCUUUUGUGCUGCCACGCAUUUCAUUGCAGCAAGGCUCAGUCUCGCGAGAAGAACGCAGCUGGCCUCAUCUCAACGGACUCCAGCUGGCCGAUCUUCGCUUCCUGGACGACGACCCAGCUGAGCUACUGCUGGGAGCCGAGGUCUACUCUUUGAUCCUCGAGGAAGGUCUCCGCAAGGGUGACUCAAGGAUGCCGAUCGCCCAGCAGACCAGCCUGGGAUGGAUCCUGUCCGGCGGCUACGACGCAACAACAAUCAACGGACAUCGCCGCACAUUCCGGUGCACCGCCGAUCACGACCUCGCCGACCUCGUUCGGCGCUUUUGGGAGCAGGAGAGCAAGCCAAUAACUCGGGCCCCACUUACUCCCGAGGAAGCUACGUGCGAGGAAUUAUAUGUGCGCACCGUCACACGCACGUCCACAGGGAGGUACAUGGUGAGGCUGCCAAUUUCGUCACCGCCGACGAAUCUUCACGAGACUCGCCGACCAGCGGAGCGCCUCCUGAGAGCCAUGGAGGUCAAAGGCAGCCGAGAUCCUCGAUUUGGCGACCUCUAUCGUAACUUCAUGCAGGAGUUCGAAGACCUACAACACAUAAAGAGAGUCAACAUUGCAACGACAGCGGAUGAUCGCAGAUGUUACUUACCGCAUCACGGGGUCCUGAAGGAGUCGAGCACGACGACAAAACUCCGAGUCGUCUUCAACGGCUCUCAACGCACACGGGCCGGUACUUCGUUGAACUCUCAUCUGCUGACAGGGGCGAAUCUUCUACCAGCGCUCAACGACGUGUUGCUGCGAUGGCGUUGGCACCGGUACGUAUUUGUCACCGACGUAGAAAAAAUGUACCGCCAAAUCCUCGUACAUCCUGAGGAUUGCCGUCUUCAAACAAUCCUGUGGCGUCACAACAAGACGGACGAAAUCCAAGAAUACGAGCUGCGGACAGUAACCUACGGCAUGGCUUGUGCACCGUUCCUGGCCAUACGGACGCUGCGACAACUCUGUGCAGACGAGGGGACGCAAUUUCCUCUAGGGGCCGCAGCACUUCGGCGAGACUGCUACGUCGACGACGUGGUCACCGGCGCAGACGACCUCGACGAUGCCAUCAACCUCCAGACAGAGCUACGCCACCUGUGCACGGCGGGCGGAUUUCCACUGAGGAAGUGGGCCUCAAACAACUCCAAGGUCCUUGCAGGAGUCCCUCAAGAGCAUCGGCUGCAACAAGGACCGCAUUCAUGGGACGGAGAGAGCCAUUCGACCUUGGGCCUGUGA